AUAGAAAGCUCAGAAGCCCCUCUCUCUCUCUAGUUUCGCAUUGCAGCUCGAUUUCAAUUUUCACCUGCAGAGUUGCAGACUUUCUUCUCUCUCAGCUCAGCAAUGAAGGGCGUCUCUGAUCCUUCUUCUCUCGUUCGCCUCAACAUUGGCGGGAAGAAAUUUAGAACAACAUUAGAUACGUUGACUCAGCGUGAGCCGGAUUCGAUGCUUGCUGCAAUGUUUAGUGGCCGGCAUACCUUAUGCCAGGAUCCUGAGGAGGGAUCUGUCUUUGUGGACAGGGAUGGGAAACAUUUUCGACACAUUCUCAAUUGGUUAAGGGAUGGAAUAGUUCCAACUCUUUCGGACUCUGAGAUUGCAGAGCUUCUGCGGGAGGCAGAGUAUUAUCAGCUGCUCGGACUUAUAGAUGGAAUCAAUGAUGUGAUAAGUAAAAAGAAGGAAGAUGAGGAACUUGAGUCAGAACUGAAGCGUGUUGAUAUUAUCAAGUGUAUACAGUCUGAGAAAGUUAGACUGCGUGGGGUUCACCUUUCUGGCCUUGAUCUUUCUAAGCUGGACCUUUCAUAUGUAGACUUCAGCUAUGCGUGUCUUAAAAAUGUGUUCUUCUCACGUGCAAACCUUCAAUGUGCUAAAUUUCGGGACGCAGAUGCUGAGGGCUCAAUUUUUCAUAAUGCAACUUUGCGAGAAUGUGAAUUUACUGGAGCAAACCUUCGAGGGGCCUUAUUAGCAGCUGCAAAUCUCCAGAGUGCCAAUUUACAAGAUGCCUGUUUGGUAGAUUGCAGCUUCUGUGGAGCAGACUUACGCUCUGCACACCUUCAGGGUGCUGAUCUAACUAAUGCGAACUUGGAGGGAGCUAAUCUCGAAGGAGCUAAUUUUAAGUUUGAUUUACAUCCUGACCCUUCCCGGGGACUUUGUGGUCUAGGGUGCAAAACUUACAAAUGCCAAUUUGAAGAGUGCAAACCUACAACGAGCCUAUUUGCGACAUGUGAACCUUCGAGAAACGCGUUUGGAAGGUGCAAAGCUUGAUGGGGCAAAUUUACUGGAUGCAAUCAGAUGAACAAGUAUUAAAGGUGUAUGAUUCAAGGAAUAUCGCUAUGCUCUUAUGGAUGUGGUAUGUACAUAUAGUGUCAUUUUAUUUCCCUGUUCCAUAAUAAUAAUAAUUAUGUGAGCUUAAUCUAAGCCGAUGCUUAGUACACAUUAUUGACCUAAUUUACCCAAUCAUUUCACUGUUUCUUGCUCCAAAUCUCUACACAUGCCUGUAUAUAUUGUUCGAUUUCGGUCAUCUCUCGUGGACUGCAGUCCCAAUUUGCUGCUGUUUCAUAGCUCUCAAUAUGGCUCAUUCCAUGCCUAUUGUGAAGUUAUGUAAUAGUAUGCUAGCUUCAUAUUGAUAGUUAGAACGACGAGAUGUUGGGAAAUCCAAAUAGAUCUUUUCUUAGGCAA